UAGUACGUACUACCUCCCACGUAAAAAGGCCCAUAAAAGGCCCAAAGAGAGUGAUCGGUUUGUGUGCGUCUCCUACUACUACUAGUACUAGAGUCAGAGAAAAUCAUCAGCCGCCACUUCUUUCUUUCAGUUCAACCCUCCUUAAACCUCAUCUCUUUAAUACUCCGCCGCUCUCUCCGUCGUCGCCUCCGUCAAGGUGAAAUGGCUGGGAAGUCGAACAAGUCGAAGGCCAAGAGAGCGGCUCAGAGCUCUUCUCCCAACUCCACUGUCUCUGCUCUCCAACCCGAUGUUCCUGCUGCUCCAGCGCCUGCACCUGCUCCCGACAAUGGAGCUGUUGAAGCUGCCGUGCCUGAAACCAAUGAAGUUCCUCCUCCAGUUCCUAAGGAAGACGAAAGUGAAUCGCAAGUAGCGAGUAACGAUGACCAACCCAAGCAAGGUGAACUUCGUCUCUACCCUGUUUCUGUCAAGACACAGAGUGGCGCUAAAAUGGAGCUUCAAUUGAACCCUGGAGACUCAGUGAUGGAUAUAAGGCAGUUCCUUCUUGAUGCCCCAGAGACCUGUUACUUCACCUGCUACGACUUGUUGCUGCGCAGUAAAGAUGGGGAGACUCACCAUCUUGAAGAUUACAAUGAGAUCUCUGAAGUUGCUGACAUCACCAUUGGUGGUUGCUCCUUAGAAAUGAUUCCCGCUUUGUACGAUGAUAGGUCUAUCAGGGCUCACGUUCACCGAGCUAGAGAUCUCCUUUCGCUUUCGACCCUCCACUCUUCCUUGUCAACAACGUUUGCCUUGAAGUAUGAUGCUGCUGCAGCGAACAAAGCUCAGAAUCCUGGAGACAAACCAAACGUCCCGGAGCUUGAUUGUCUUGGUUUCAUGGAAGAUGUACCCGCCUCUCUCAAUAAGUUGACCAAUUCUCCCUCGGAAGAGAUCAAAUGUGUGGAGAGCAUUGUCUUCUCAUCGUUCAACCCUCCUCCAAGCCACAGAAGGCUUGUAGGAGAUUUGAUCUAUUUGGAUGUUGUGACGCUGGAAGGUAACAAGUACUGCAUCACCGGUACCACAAAAGCGUUCUACGUUAACUCUAGCUCAGGAAAUAUUCUCGAUCCAAAACCGAGUAAAUCUGGGUUCGAGACAGCCACUCUCAUUGGAUUAUUGCAAAAACUUAGCUCUAAGUUUAAAAAAGGUGAGAACCAGUGUAUAUCUUUCCGCGAGGUCAUGGAAAAGAAAGCCUCUGCACAUCCUUUUGAGAAUGUUCAAUCGCUUUUGCCACCACACUCAUGGCUAAGACCAUUUCCGGUUCCCGAUCACAAGCGCGACGCAGCGAGAGCAGAAGAAGCACUGACCAUUUCCUAUGGUAGUGAGCUGAUCGGUAUGCAAAGAGAUUGGAACGAAGAGUUGCAAUCUUGCAGGGAGUUCCCUCACAGUACGCCUCAGGAGAGGAUCUUACGUGACAGGGCUCUUUACAAAGUGUCUUCUGACUUCGUCGAUGCGGCGCUUAACGGAGCAAUUGGUGUGAUCAGCCGAUGUAUACCACCCAUAAAUCCAACUGAUCCAGAGUGUCUGCACAUGUAUGUGCACAACAAUAUCUUUUUCAGUUUUGCUGUUGAUGCCGACAUUGAACAGCUAUCCAAGAAACGUCCAUCAAAUGAUCUUUCAGUGACUGAGAAAGUGUCUUCGUCUGAAAAGGUUCCAUGCAAAGACAAAACAUGCGAUGGAGAACACAAUGCAGAGCUUAACAGCUGUAAUGAGGUGCCUCUUAUUGAAAGUGAGCAGGCAACGUAUGCCUCUGCAAACAACGACUUGAAGGGCACAAAGUUAUAUCAAGAAGCAGAUGUCUCGGGGUUGUAUAAUCUGGCAAUGGCCAUUAUUGAUUACAGAGGUCAUAGGGUUGUUGCUCAGAGUGUUCUACCAGGCAUCCUUCAAGGGGAUAAAUCAGAUGCGCUUUUGUAUGGUUCAGUGGAUAAUGGCAAGAAAAUCUGUUGGAAUGAAGAUUUUCAUGCUAAGGUGUUAGAGGCAGCAAAGCUUCUUCACAUUAAGGAACAUGCUGUUAUUGAUGCUUCUGAGAAUGUCUUCAAGCUAGCUGCACCAGUAGAGUGCAAGGGGAUUGUUGGGAGUGAUAACAGACAUUACCUUUUGGACUUGAUGAGAGUCACGCCUCGUGAUGCCAAUUACACGGGUCCAGAGUCACGUUUUUGUGUCCUAAGACCAGAAUUGAUCACAUCAUUUUGCCAGGCCGAAGCUCUGGAGAAAUCAAAAUGUAACACCAAGACUGAUGAAGGGACGGAUAUUGUUUCUGAACCUUCGGAUGCAAGUGCUGAUACUUCUAAAACUGGUGAUGAAUCGAUCCAUGGAGAGGAAAACGGAGCUUUGACUUCUGAGAAAACAGUUACAGAAAAGCAAAAUACCACCGCCGAUUCUGCAGCCGAAAUUUCCAAACUAUGUGAAGAAAUAUCAUUUAACCCUAAUGUUUUCACCGACUUCAAAUUAGGUGGCACACAAGAGGAGAUUUCUUCUGAUGAAGAAAAUGUGAAGAAAGUUAGCUCAUACCUUGUGGAUGUGGUACUUCCAAAAUUCAUAGAAGAUCUUUGCACUCUUGAAGUUUCCCCAAUGGAUGGUGAGACUUUGACUGAAGCGCUCCAUUCUCAUGGUGUCAACGUUCGUUACAUCGGAAGAAUUACUAAUGGAGUGAAGCAUUUGCCUCAUUUGUGGGAUCUUUGCCUGAAUGAAAUUACCGUCAGAUCGGCCAAGCACAUUCUCAAGAACAUUCUAAGAGAUAUAGAGGAUCACGAUAUUGGUGCAGCAGUCUCACAUUUCCUCAAUUGUUUCUUCGGAAAUGUUGCUGCGGGAAAAGCUAGCACCAACACUAAAAAUCAAAAGAAGGACCAAUCGAUCACCAAGAAGAGUCAAGGAAGGGGGAAAGGCAAGGCUUCUGCAAAGAAGACUCUUUCAUCGUAUAUGAUGGUUGAUUCCAACAUGCUAUGGUCUGAGAUUCAGGAAUUUGCCAAAGCCAAGUAUGAGUUUGAGAUGCCCGAGCUGUCAAGAACUACAGCUAAAAAAGUACACGUUCUCCGCAACCUUUGCCAAAAGGUUGGCAUCAGUGUUGCUGCUCGCAAAUACGACUUUGAUGCAACCUCGCCUUUUGAUGCGACAGAUGUAUUGGAUCUUCGUCCUGUUGUUAAACACUCUGUCCCUGUAUGCUCUGAGGCUAAAAAUCUCAUCGAGAUGGGAAAGCUGCAACUGGCUGAGGGCAUGCUUAGUGAAUCCUACACGUUCUUUUCAGAGGCGUUUUCAAUUCUUCAACAGGUUACUGGUCCAAUGCACAGGGAAGUUUCAAACUGCUGCAGAUACCUAGCCAUGGUUUUGUACCAUGCAGGAGAUAUGGCCGGGGCCAUAAUGCAGCAACACAAGGAACUAAUCAUAAAUGAGCGAUGCCUCGGUUUGGACCAUCCUGAUACUGCCCACAGCUAUGGCAAUAUGGCUCUUUUCUACCAUGGGCUGAACCAGACAGAACUUGCUCUACAGAACAUGGGCCGUGCCUUGCUGUUACUUGGCCUUUCAUCUGGCCCUGAUCAUCCAGAUGUUGCAGCCACAUUUAUAAAUGUUGCCAUGAUGUAUCAAGACAUGGGCAAAAUGGACACAGCUCUGCGUUAUCUUCAAGACGCUUUGAAGAAAAAUGAGAGACUUCUUGGCCCUGAACACAUUCAAACUGCAGUAUGCUACCACGCUCUUGCUAUUGCGUGCAACAGUAUGGGUUUAUUCAAGCUCUCACACCAGCAUGAGAAGAAAACCUAUGAUAUACUUGUCAAACAAUUGGGAGAGGAUGAUUCCAGGACAAAAGACUCUCAAAACUGGAUUAAGACUUUCGAGAUGCGUGAGGUUCAGAAAACUGCACAAAAGCAGAAAGGACUGGCAGCCACUGCGGCCAACACGCAAAAGGCUAUCGAUCUCUUGAAGGCACGUCCAGACCUGAUGCAGGCGUUCCAAAACGCAGCAGCGGCGGAGAGGUCUAAUGCACUAAACACAGCUGUCCUCGGGGAGGCUCAACCACGGGGCAGAGGUUUUGAUGAAAGAGCGGCUCGUGCUGCAGCCGAAGUUAGGAAGAAAGCAGCAGCUAAGGGGCUACUGGUUCGUCGCCAUAGUGGUGUUCAAGUGCCACCACAGAUCUCUCAACUGAUCAAUGCAAAUGCAGGAACCGCAGAUUCUUCUAAGAAAAGUGGAGAAAAUGGAGAGGCAAAGGUAGAAGAGAAGAAGAAAGAAAGCUCUGAAAACGGGAAAACAACGAACGUGGCGGCUCCUGCAGGAUUAGGUGCUGGUUUAACAUCUUUGGAUAGGAAGAAGCAAAAAGCCAAAAAGUAAGAGUAGGGAGAGCUUUGAAAGGAAAUGGUGCCUCGAUUCUAAGUAGUGGAUUUGGUUUUGGCAACCACUUAACUUAUUUCAUUGCAGGAGAAAGACUUUUGUCACCACAAAGCUUUUGUUCUCUUCCCAUUAUGUUUCACGAUUUGGGGCAAGUUCCCCUUCCAGCUAUGUCUGGUUUUUGUUUCUUUCUCUCUCUUUUUUUUUCCCUCACUUUUAUUAUGCGGAUGUAACGUUGUACUACAGAAGUUCAUUGGUUUCUUGUUAACAAGAAUAAGCAUACAAUAUACGCUCUGAUUUGACCACA